CCCAUAUUACUUUUAGCCAACUUGGGGACAGUCUCUAUGCUCUUCGGCUCGCCACAUGUACUAUUAGCAUUUUGUAUUUCACUUACCCGUCAAGAUCUCCCUUGUCUGCCUGCUUGAGCAGCCAACAGUUCUCUUCUUCAGGAGCGAGAGAAAUUACUCAUCAGCUCGGCCGGCCCACUGCAGCAGCCAGGAAGAGGAGGACUCUGACGACUGUUUGCUUUCCAAAAAAAGGAUGAGAUCAUCUCCUCGCAUUUGAGACAAAGAAAAAUGGGCGACAUCUCUGAGGCCUGGGUGGGAAGCGCUUACCUCUUUGUCCAGUCGACCUCUGAAAACGUUCUCCUGCCCUUGCUCUAUGGAAAUGCAGAGCAGAAACCUCAGGUGUACAGAGCACUCAAAUUGGCAUUCGCAGAUUCCACGGGUUGCCUCAAUGGGGUGGACAUGCUGAAAGUCCACUGCAGUGACCCCCACUUGAUUGUCCAACUCAAAUUCUGCAACCUAGAGAACUGCCGCAAAUUUCUGCAAAGUUACCGCGAAGGAGCUCUCCGGAACUCUCUUCAGAGACAUCUCAAAGUCUGCUUGGCCAUGUCUAGCCCUCUUCCUGUCCAGAUGGAGCUGAAAACUAGCGCUGGGCAGUUGGACUCUAUGCUUCUGGAAGAGGAACGCUGUGUGGAAUGCAUCUCUCAAGAAAAGCCUAACCGUCUCAGGGAUGAAGAAAUUACAAAGCUAGAGGAAUCCCUCCAGAACUUGAGUUGUCAGGAAGUUAACAGCAACGUUGUGAGUUCAACAGUGCAGAGUCCAUCUUUGGAUUCUUCACUUCCACCCUGCAGUUCUGGUAAAAGUUUGAGUUCUCUGCCACAAGGAGACACCUUCACCUUUCAGGGACAGCAAUUUGCUAACAGAAAAAUCACCCUAGAUGACCAUCAGAUGUUUGCCAAACACGUUUCAAAGAAAUGGAAGCAAGUGGGCCGGUCCCUGCAGGCCAAUUGCCGAGCCCUCCAGGAUCCCACCAUUGAUAAUAUAGCCAUGGAGUAUGAGCGGGAAGGCCUUUACGAACAAGCCUACCAGAUGCUCCGCAGGUUUAUCGACUCUGAGGGAAAGAGAGCCACCAUACAGAGACUGAUCGCCGCUCUGGAGGACAACGAUCUCAUAAGCUUAGCCGAGAAGCUGCUAGGGAUUCACCCUAACAAUACCUCAGUGUAGGAAAUAGACAAAAGGAUUCUUUGCUCGAGGUUACUGGAACACAGUCUCUUGACAAGUCUCUUGACUGCAGCUUAGUAAUGUAGUGCCAGCCCCCACCCCCAGCUGUGAUUAUCUGCCACUGGUGGCUGCUUGUCAAAAGAAGCCACUGCAGGAGUGAUUUAGACCAGAAGACGACCGAAUGUAUCAGCACUGCAUGGUGGAUAUUUUCAAGAAAAGCCCAUCUUCCAAGGAAAAUGGACCUAUCAGGUCGUCACUGUUCCUUGCAGCACUGAAGCCAAAGUAACUCCAAACUUUAAUGGAAGAGCAAAAACUGGUGGGUGUAAUGUAUGUUGAGUGACUGUAACCAGGGCUAGUUCUGUCUAGCAAGGGCCAGGCUGUGUAUACAUUCACCCAACUCUUUGACUGUAGUGUGAAGUAAUAUGUAUUAAGAUGCCUUAUAAUGAAUCAGACCAUCAGUCCAUCAUGGUCAGAAAUGUCUCCUCAGACUGGCAGAGACACAGGUCAGAGCCUUUCCCAUCAGUGAAUACUUGAUUCUUUCAUCUGGAGAUGCUGAGGAUUGAACCUGGGACCUUCUGCAUGCUAAGCAGAGGCUAACCACAGAGCCACAGCCCCUCCCCUAUCUUGUAUGUGUCCACACAAAUGGGCCUCCAACAGGUCGCUGAUGACACUUACCUGGAGUUAACUCAGGGAAGAACAGCAUGUUCACAGCCACGUUUGUGAAAUGGCUGAAUUGGAGGCAUCAGGUCCUGGAAGAUCAAGUAAUCUACGUGCCUUGGAAGAGCUGACCACCGCAUGGUUGAAACAGUUGCCGUUCAACAGCCCUGAGGCUCAAGUAGCCAACGUGCCUUAAAACAACUGUCCACUGAAUGUCUGAACCAGCUCCACUGGAAAAGUUGUUAACGUUUGUGGUGAUCAGCAAGUUCCCUGUGAAGCUUUUUUCUUCAAAAUAAACUCAGGAGGGCUUUUUCAUAUUUUCAUAUUCACCCCUUGUGAAGAAGAGUUGGGUUUUUUUAUACCCUGCUUUUCUCUACCAAAAGGAGUCCCAAACCAUC